AUGGCUUUCAAAUUCAUCGCCUUCUUCGCUCUCUGCGUCGCUGCCGCCAGCGCCGGCGUCAUCGCACCAGCUGCUCCAUUGGCCGCCGUUGCCGCCGCACCAUUGGCUGUCGCCGCCCGCGUUGAGGAAUACGACCCACAUCCACAAUACACUUACGGCUAUGAUGUGAAAGAUGCUCUCUCCGGUGACUCGAAGACCGCUGUGGAAACCCGUGAUGGUGAUAUCGUUCAAGGUCAAUACUCUCUGAAUGAUGCUGAUGGUUACCGUCGUAUCGUGGACUACACCUCCGACCCAAUCAACGGUUUCAACGCUGUUGUCCGUCGUGAACCUUUGGUUGCUCCCGUUGUUGCUGCCGCUGCUCCAGUGGUUGCUGCUCCAGCCCCAGUCGUCAGAGCUGCUGCUUACGCCGCACCAGUAGUCGCUGCUCCUGCUCCAGUUGCCGCUGCUUUCGCUGCUCCAUCUCCCAUCGUCGCCAGACCAGCAGUAGUUAAAACCCAAUUCGCUUCUCCACUCAUCUCUUAUGCCUAUUAG